UAUGGAUAAGUUGACUUUUUCACAAACUAUAAAAUAACCCAACUAUGAGAAAUUGACUGUUUGAUCCUAUAUAAUGCACAUUAGCUUCAUCGUUGCAGACUUGAACAGAAUCCAUGGAAACUUCAAUGUACUACUACAUUUUGCUCUUCAUUGUCUUCCUUUUCCUCAAGAACUAUUUGCAGAAAACUAACAGUCAACUCCCACCAUGCCCUGGUCCAUCUCUACCCUUUAUAGGCCAUCUCUACCUCUUCCAAAAACCCUUACAUAAAACACUAGCAAAACUCUCUGAUAAAUAUGGUCCAAUUGUAUACAUCAAAUUUGGCUCCCGCCCUGUCAUUCUUGUAUCCUCCCCAUCUGCAGUCGAGGAAUGCUUCACAAAGCAUGACGUUGCCUUUGCAAACCGUCCAAAGCUGCUUGCCGGAAAAUACCUUGGUUAUAACUAUACCACAGUUACCUGGGCUUCUUAUGGCUCUCAUUGGCGCAACUUGAGACGUAUUUCUUCCCUUGAAUUAUUGUCAUCCAACCGCCUUCAGAUGCUUCAGGGCAUACGUGCAGAUGAAGUCAGGUCACUCAUUUGCCGGCUUUUUAGAGGGUCUAAUGGUGGUGAGUUUCAGAGUUUAGAGAUUAAGUCAACAUUUUUUCAGCUAACUCUCAAUGUUAUGAUGAGGAUGGUAACUGGGAAGAGAUGCUAUGGGGAAGAUAUAGCCGAUUUGGAGGAAGCUAAAAGGUUUCAACAAAUAAUAAAAUAUCCCAGUAUUGAUGGUUACGUUUUUCCCUUAAAAGAAAGGUUGACUUCUUGAUCGUAUGAUAUGAAGUACAUCCGCCUCAUUAUUAUAACAGACUUCACCAUACCCAUCUCCAUGGAAACUUCAACCUACUACUUCAUCUUGUUCUUCAUCAUCUUUCUUUUUCUUAAGAACAAUUUGCAGAGAAUUAACAAAAGAUUCCCACCAAGCCCCGGUCUCUGUCUCCCCAUAAAAAAACCUCUAUAUAGAACACUUGCAGAGUUGUCCGACAAAUAUGGUCCAAUUCUUUACGUUAGAUAUGGCUCACGGCCUGUUAUUCUUGUAUCCUCCCCUUCUGCAGCUGAGGAAUGCUUCACCAAGCACGACGUCGCUUUUGCAAAUCGUCCAAAGCUGCUUGCUGGCAAAUACCUUGGCUAUAACUAUACCACUAUUAGCUGGGCUUCUUAUGGCUCUCACUGGCACAACUUGAGACGCAUAGCUUCCGUUAAAUUAUUGUCAUCCAACAGCCUUCAGAUGUUUCAUGGUAUAUGUGCAGAUGAAGUCAGGUCACUCAUUUGCCGGUUUACUCGAGGCUGUAAUGGCAAUGAGUUUCAGAGUUUGGACAUGUAGUCAACAUUUUUUCAGCUAACUCUCAAUGUUUCUUUGAGGAUGGUAGCUGGAAAGAGAUACUAUGGGGAAGAUAUAGCAGAUUUGGGAGGAAGCUAAAAGGUUUCAACAAAUUGUAGCAGAGUCAAUUCAAUUGACUGGAGUUACCAACAUUGGAGAUUUCAUACCAGUUUUGAACUAUGUGGGAGUAAGUAGACUUGAGAAGAAGUUGGUGAUAUUGCAGAAGAAGAAGGAUAAGUUCCUGCAAGAUUUGAUCAAUCAACAUAGACAAAAGCAGAGUGACUCUGCUUCUGAACAGAUGAGCAAGACAAUGGUGGAUGUCUUGUUGUCACUGCAAGGAACUGAACCUGAAUACCAUACCGAUGAAAUCAUAAGGGGCAUGAUGCAUGUAAGCUAUCUAACCACACGCUAAAAUCCAAGGUCAACUGCAAUAAUUUUCAGCUUAAUAAAAUUACUGUUUUUUUUUGGCUGGUAAGGCAGAGACUAGCUUUCAAAAAAUGAACGAAAUUUUAGGAGAGGCUUCUAAACAUAAUGUAUGUUGUUUUGUUUUUAUUGAAGAUAUUUGCAAAUACCUGUGUAGUAAUAAGGUGUUUUCCAAUCAAGUAGAUUCAUGUAUGCAAAUCUAUAAUUCACAAUAUGAAACAAACUUGAAAUUGAAAUACCUUAAAAGAAAGAAAUGCCCAAGAAGUUUAAAUGUGGCACACCAUAGUUCUGUGAUCCAGAGCUUUACAACCUCACACUACAAUCUCCUCAUCAGACUAGAGAUUCAAAUUCACACAGAAAUGAUGGCGUGGCUCAGUUACUCUAGUUAUCAACCUACCAUCCAAUAAG